UUGCUCAAAAAUGAGGCGUGUCUUUCCGUCAGGUUCUUCUCAAAUGUUCACACCUUCGUAGAUGACGAAAAGUUUCCCGCGGAACGGCUGUAUAAAGUAAGGCCCAAUGCUGCAGUGUGGAUUCCCAGUUGGCUUGUUACCAAACUGAUUCAGAAAGGACAGUCUGAUAAGAACCUUCCCAACGACCUCAAAAACGAUACCAGGGAGUUCCAUUCCGAGAAAACUCUCCGAUGCGAUACGUUACCCAUCAAACCGUUCCACAGCCUACUGCCACAUGCGCAUGGUGAUACUACCCUCAAUCCCAUAAAGGCUACCUAUACAACAAAGCAGAUAGAAGAAAUGGCAAAGGACAUUCAAUCGGCAGACAACAAGACGUUCGCUGAGCCUAUACUACUGUCCCCAUCGAGUGGCGAAGACGGAGAGCAGGAUCAAUCCCCAGGGGCUGUUGAAAAGGCGUGGUCGCUAUCGAACUUCGAGGAUACUGAAGGAGGAAGAAUUUACCGGGAAUUUCGUAACGCCUUUAAAUCAGUCGAUAAAACUCCGGAGUUCAAAAGGAAUGGCAUCGAUUGGUCAGGUUCAAAGCAUCGACACAGUCAGAAGCCUGAGCGUCCACAUUGGAAAUAUUGGGGGCACAAACCGAUUCCGGAUAUACUGGACCCACCGUUCCACGAGCCGUAUCGGGAUAAUCCGGACAGAAGAUACGCCACGAUCGCAACAGAUAUUGUAAGCAGGCCGGAUGUACACUUUUCGAGCGUUUCUUCAAGACCGACGCAACCAUUUAACCACCGGGACUCUACACGCAUUCAUUUGGCAUUAAGGGAACCGGCAGCCUGCCAAGCUGAUGGUCGUUCGGAGUGGCAACGUUCUGCUCCAAGCAUUCGAUAUGUUACCGAACCAAGACCGUUACGAACAGUAUCUGCCACCGUUUCUGGACAUGAAAGCAACAAAAUAUUCUGGCCAAAGUUGGACAGUGUCGGAUUGGCUAUGCACGAUUAUCAUAGGGAACGCAUUCUCUCACAAUUGAAAAAUCAACAAAAACACUGG